AUGGCUCAGCAACACAAAGCAUCUCUUUUGCUUCAAAAGCACGGAAAGCUCGAAGUCGGGACUCGCCCGACCCCCGUCCCACACGGGACACAAGCGCUCGUAAAGGUCACCGCCACCGCCAGGCUCGAUGGGGCUGGCAUUAUUCACGCCGUUGGCCCAGAUGUAACGGACUUUAAGGUUGGAGAUAGAGUAACUUUUCAGGGACCAUUCAAUCCAGCGGACCAGGCGUCGUUCCAGGAAUUCACUAUUGUCGAGACCGACAUCAUCACUAAGACCCCGGAAAACAUCAAUGACGACCAGGCCUCAACUAUCCCUACGGGUGCUUUCACCGCUUAUAGUGGCCUAUUUCAGAGGUCGGGUGUCGCCCCCCCUUUGAACGGACCAACCGCCAUCGGAAAAUCAGUUUUGAUCUUGGGAGGAAGCUCGUCAGUUGGACAAUAUGCUAUCCAGUUCGCACGCAUUGCCGGGUUUUCUCAUAUCGUCACCACUGCAUCUUCUCAACAUGCCAGCCUCCUCAAAUCACUUGGUGCCACUCAUGUCUGCGACCGCAGUGCCGACGCUCAGACUAUCCAAUCUGCCUUUCCUGCGACCUCUCCCGUUUCCUUAGUUUUCGACACGAUUUCCAUAGAAUCCACGCAAACUCUUGCAUUCGAUGUCUUGGGCACUCCUUCCCCAGUGCCAAAUGCGCGGGUCUCGAUCUUGCACUUCCCGGCUGAGUCUCUGAAGGAAAAGAUCGCUGAGGGAAAGAUCGUUGUCGACCAAAUAUACGGAAGCACCCAGAUGUUCCGAGAUAUGAGCGCCCCGUUCUGGAAAAAAAUUGGUCAGUGGAUCGAAGGAGGGGAGUUUGUCCCCAACCACGUUCAGCUUGUAAAUGGUGGCCUGGGUGGAAUACCAGAGGCUUUGGACUUGUCUCGAAAGGGCGUCAGCGGCGUAAAGCUGGUUGUUCGUCCUCAAGAGUAG